AUGGUAGGAUUUAAGGAUGGUUAUAUUUCUUCUCUUGCCUUUACAAAGAAGGCAAGUUGGGUUGGUCAGAUGUUACAAUUGGCUUAUGGUUCCUCCUUUGGAGAUGCAGCUGCUAAUGCAGAAUACAGGCGCAUAGGUGCUAUGAUAUAUGCAAACUGCGUUUUGUCUCUAAAGAGAGAUUUCCCUAUACUUUGGUGUAACCACUGCCAGGAAGCAACUACCAUUGUUUCUGUGAAUCCAAACUUCGAAUACAGACGUGCUCAAAACAUUACUGAUGAGUUCAUUUAUUUCCGUCCUAUUGACGAGGAAAUUCGGGAAAAAAUCAGAAAACAAAAACAACAGAAACCAACAAUGGCCUCCUACCACCAACAUGCCCAUCCAUACACUCGAGAAGGUAUCCAUCAGAGGGACCUGGGGAAUAUCAGUCAGGUGGUCAUGGUUACCACCCCCCCACUAACAAAAGAGUUAGAGAGUGUUGCCCUUAUAAGACCAAAAACGUCAGGGCUUCUUCGCCUAGAGAAAAUGCCAGUUAAAUCUUCAGGGGUCCCAGAAUCUCAACGCUUAGACGUUACAGGAAUUGCCAGUCCAGAGGAAAGGGGGAAAGGCACCGCAAUACUUGUUGCUGGUGUGCCUGGAAAGGAGAUAGAUGAUACAGAAAUUCCAACUUUGAAAUUCACUGGGCUUAUACACCUGGAGGCUUUAAUAAAUAAAUGUUCACCAUCCUCAGAAUACAGUCGCCCAAGAAGCCCACGAAAUCUGUGGCUGGAAUCUCCAGAAAAUGCAGAGUCCCCAGGAAGUGAUGAUAUGGAAGUAGCAAGAAGCAUGAUUCCUCUUAGAGAAAGAUCCAUCUUUCGGCGUUCCUGGGCAGAACUGUUAGAUGCACCACUGAACAGUGAAGGGCUCCAUGUUCUCGAAACUAGUCCUACUGAAGAAGAACGAGAUAAUGGCUACUUCCAACUAUCACCAAAUGCGAAUAAAGCAACCUCCCCACCCAAAGAUAGCCGUCUCCAGUCCUUGCAAGGGCCUUUCCCAUUGCUGCCCCAGCGUCCUAAACUCCAGAGACAACGCAGUAACAGCCUGCCCCCAUACAAAAUUGGCAGGAGCCAAAAAACAAAUGCAUCUGAGUUAAAAUUAAAUUCUAAAGACACACGCUUCUUCUUCCAAAGUGAUGAUAAUUUGCUUGCAGCAGAAAAUGUUAAAAAAAGAAACAACAUUCAAAAAGCUUGGCAAAGGCCCAUUCCAUCAACUUCUGGAGGACAUCCUGCUGUCGAUCCAAGCUUUAAGAAUUCUGCAAAGCUGCGCACCACUGGAAUUCCUAAUGAUCCUGCUCAACUUGCCAAGGACAAUGUUGGAAUUCCCAAGAAUAAUGCCAGUAAUGUUAGUAUUGGAGCUCCUAGGCAUAAUCCUGAAAUUCUCCGCAGCAAUGCUAGAGUCCCCAUGGGUAAUCGUCAGAUUCUUAGAGGCAAUGGGGGAGUUCACAGAGGCAGUGCUUUCAGAGGGCCUGUGGAUAAGGCUCAAACUCCUGGGCAUAAUAUUGGAACUUCUGCACAGAAUGUAUCUUCUGCCCUUUCUGAGCUCUCAAAGAUAGGUGAGCACCGAUUAUAA